AUGUCUAUACAAACUGGAGGGCUCAACAGAAUAAGCGGCAUCCCACUCUCUCAGAUCAGAAGACCCAUCGCGCCGGUGCUGGAUCAUCAGAAAAUCGAUGCUAUGGUGUCUACUAUGAAAGGAACACCCGAGGCGAGUAAGACCUGUACUAAAGAGGAAGCUGCUGUAAUGAAUUCACAGCUUCCACCCAUCGACGUGCUAUGCGUUCGGGAUCAAGGCAAAACCUACUACUUUGGGUUUGGCGGUUGCCAUCGUUUCCAAGCUUACGAGCGUAUCCGCGACCAAACAGGCGAAGAUGUCGAGGUACGUUGCAAAAUCAUUCCCGCGACUAGGAGUCAACUGAAGCUCUACGUUGGGAGCUCGAUUGACGACAUGUUCAACUAA